AAUCUCUAUUCUCUUGAUUAUUCUACAAUCUAAGCUACAUGGACUGUGAAUAAGACCAAUACUACUAUUACUUUAAUACUUUAAUACUUUACUUUAAUACUUUAAUACUUCAAUACUUCAAUACUAACUAAUACCAAAGACUAAGACGGGCGACACCAAAAGUACCACCAACCAGGGAUUCUCGAACCCCCCCCCGCCUGAGUCCGUCUCUGUCUCUGUCUCUUCUUCCUGUCAGCUCCAGUCAAGGAGGCCAGCCAAGACAGGACACGACAAGACGGUCAACCGCUGCUGGAAUCAGCUCGACAUCAAGAGAGAUGCUCCUGCCCUUGCGGUUGAAGAUGAAACAUGCCGUUGCUGCCGUCUCCUCCGUGAACAAUCUCACGAUGCUCGCCACCCCGCCCGACGAGGAGCCUCAGCAUCACCACCAUCACAGCAACAACAACAACUAUCACCACCAACACAAUCAUCACAAUCACCAUCGCCCUCCAUCGAAACACCAGGACGGGAGCGGAACCGCGGUGGGGUCCGCCAUUGAGACCAUCGGUCGCAUCUAUCGAAAUACCCCUGUCCCGACUCUGGUGCUCGAUGCAACGCUGCGCGUCAUCGAGGUUUCCAACAGCCAUCUGGAGCUCUGCAAGGCACGUCGCGACGAGCUGUUAUCCCGCAGCAUCUACGACCUUCCACCAAACCGUAUCCCCGUCGCAGACAUCGCAACGCUGCGUGGCGCGCUGCAGGCGGCCAUCUCCACUCGCGCCCGGCAGGUCGUGGACGAGUCCGAUUCGCACGUCGGCGUGCGCUUGACGCCCAUCUUUGACGACAACCAUCGCGACCUGAUCGCCGUUAUUCUAGAAGCUCAUGAUGUUACCACUACUACGACAACAACUCCUGAGUCUAAAGAGUCUCAAGAGUCUAAAGAGUCUCAAGAGUCUAAAGAGUCUAGCAAAGGCGCUGCCGCCGACGCCUAUGUCGACGAGACGUAUCGCAUCCUUGUCGACACUGUCAAAGACUACGCCAUCUUCAUGCUCGAUGCUCAUGGCCACAUCGUCACCUGGAACGCCGGCGCGGCCAUCCUCAAGGGAUACGCCGCCUCGGAGAUCAUCGGCAAGCAUUUCUCCGUCUUCUACGGCAGCGAGGACCGUGUGCUCGACAAGCCCGCCAAGGAGCUCGUGCUCGCCCUGCGCGACGGCCACGUCGAAGACGAGGGCUGGCGCUAUCGCCAGGACGGAUCGCGCUUCUGGGCCAACGUCCUCAUCACCCCGAUCUAUCGCUAUGGCCGCCAUGUCGGCUUCGUGAAGGUCACCCGCGAUCUCACCGAGCGCAAAGCAGCCGAAACACGCCUGAUCGCCGCCUUUGAAGAGACCACCCAGCUGAAGAACGAUUUCCUGGCCAACAUCAGCCACGAGAUCCGCACCCCGAUGAACGGCAUGCUGCUCGCCGUGACCAUGCUCAGCGGCACCCCCCUGAACGAGCAGCAGCGCGAGUACACCUCCAUCAUCGAGGAUUCCACCAACGUCCUGCUGCAGGUCAUCAACGACGUGCUCGACUACUCCAAGCUCUCCUCGGGCUCCUUCUCCCUCACCACCGACGUCGUCGACAUCGAGACCGUCAUUGCCGCCGUCAUCCGCAACUGUAAGUCUUGCCUGAAACCGGGCGUCGCCAUGCACUGCCACAUUGCGCCCGGCUUCCCGCGCUACCUUCGCGGCGACCCGCUCCGCUAUCGCCAGGUCAUUCAGAACCUCGUGGGAAACGCCGUCAAGUUCACCGAAACGGGCUUCAUCGAGGUCCGCACCACCUUCGAGCUCGACCCGCACGACCCCAGCUUCUACUCCAUUCUGACCGAGGUCAGCGAUUCGGGUAUUGGAGUCCCCGACGACGCCGUCCACACCCUCUUCACCCCUUUUACCCGUUUCGCCGACAGUGCGCGCAAGCGCUACCAGGGCACCGGGCUCGGUCUGUCCAUCUGCAAGAGCCUGGCCGAGCUGAUGGACGGGGCGGUCGGGUACCGCCCGAACACGUCGAACGGAUCAGGUAGUAUCUUCUCCCUACGGACACGAAUGGGUCGCCUUGACCGAGACAUCUCUUCUUCCUCCUCUUCUUCAUUCAACCCAUCUCCUUCAUCUCAGCAACAAGACCAACAAGGGUCGGUCCCAGAUCUAGCCGCCCAGCUGCGCGAAAUCGCCACGCAAAAGACCCUCCUAUUAGUCGAAGACAACGUGGUCAACAAGACCGUGAUGAUCAAGCUGCUCAACACGCUCGGCUUUGAACGCGUCGACACCGCCUCCGACGGCGCCGAGGCCGUCCGUCUCGUCAAGCAGAAACCUUUGUCCUACAACGCUAUCUUGAUGGAUAUCAACAUGCCCGUCAUGGACGGCGUGGAAGCCACGACGCGCAUCCGCGCCAUGAACAUCGAAGCACCCAUUAUUGCCUUGACGGGGAAUGCCCUCAAGGGUGACUCGGCGGCGUAUCUUGCUAAAGGCAUGAACGACUGCGUCGCCAAACCCAUUCAUCGCCAUGAACUCAUGCGCGUUCUUCUCAAAUGGAUCGGGUCGUGAGUUCUAGUUUUCCUCUGGUCUUCCACCACCACCACCACCACCAAAUCAAUCGCUUCAGUCUGGACUGAGCGUUGCAAAGCUGCAUUGAGUCAGCUACAUGCUACAGCAGGCUUUGGUUAUCUGCCGUCAAGUAUGCCUUGUCAAACGGGUGACAGUCGAUCGGACUUGUCCGAUAUCUUGUGUCUACAAAGUAGACUUGUAGUAUUGAGAGUCUCUACACAGAGACCUUACAUCGAUAUCGAUAACUGUAUAUGGUAGACUCAUCCGAGUCGGUACAUAGCUAGUUACUUGUAUACAAUAGGACGUAUAUACAUCUCUCUCUCUCUCUCUACUAAUACUCUCCACGUUAAUGACAACCAAGCUUUGUCC